AUGCCUUCCUCAAGUCGAAAGUCAGACGUCACGUCCUCGCUCUCCAAGCUCUCAAUAAACGGUAACAGUAAAGCACCAUCCACGAAAAAGACCAAAGAGACCGUGGCGGACUCCUGGGAAGACGAGGACCUAGACGAGGAGGAGGAAGAGGAGGAAGAGGAAGAGGCCGCGGAACCAAAGAGCGACGGCGCCAAGGCCCCGCCGCCGACCCCCAUCUCACCGACGUACAACGCCGCGGACAAGUCCUUCCCCAACCUCUACGGCAACGUCGACUCCACUCCUGCUGCCGCGUCCUCGGGUGGUCCGGACGCCUCAUCGCGCCCCAGGCCAGAAAAGACAGACGCCGUGGCACGGCGCAUGAUUGCCAGCGCCCUGGGCGUGAAGGUGCCUCGGAUGACCGAGGAGCAGAGGGCCUACGACAAGGCUGUCAAGGAGAAGGAGCGGAAACGCAGAGAGGAAGAAAAGGUUGCCGAGAAGCGCCGGCAGGAGGAGGCUGAGAAGGCCAAGGUUGCGAUCUGGGAAGACUAG